AUGUCUUUCAACAGCGGAUGGGUCCCGGAACACUAUAUUAGUUCCACAGUAAAUAGCACAUACAAUACUCUAGGCAAUGCUGUUCCGCAAACUCCUACCACAGAUAGACGAGCGAAUCGAUACACGAACUGCCCCACUACUCUUUGUCUUUACACCAAUCCAGAUGGCUGGGAGUGCUUGGAGCUCAUCAAUUGUGGUGAUGCCUCGGACCACUUCAGAGACGUCCAUCGGAUCGUAGGGCUGGCCCGUGAGGUCCGCCUGGUUUUCUCGAGAUGUUCUUGGAAGGGGGUCCCUAGUAUCGGGAUUUUCCGCGCUACUAUGUCAGGAGCUAGAAUCAAUCCCAAGAAGUUGCCGUGGAGCCGACCUCCACCAGUCAUAAUACCGCAGGGGUCAGCUGUACCUGGAUUUAGCCCAUUGAUCGGUAAACAAGCACCUGAAGAGGAAUACCGGUCUUUGGGAUAG